AUGGCCAAGCUGCCGGGAGAGAAUUUCCACGUCCGAGGCGGGGGCCCGCGGAAGUUGGCGAACGCGCUGGCCUUGGCAACUCUGCAAAGCUGCAUCAGCCUGGUCUUGGCCUGGGAAUGCUUCGGCGGUAGCGCCAUGAUCCUUAGGUUUCUUCUGGGCGAAAGGUACUUCAGCCAAGCCUACGAGCUGAGCGGCUGGAAGGCGGGCACGUUGUUCUACGCGAACUGCCUCUACACGGCCCGUGUGACGCUGUGGGUGCUUUUCGUGAGCCACACGGACACCGUGCAGGCCAAAGAUUUGGUCUACGUCCUGCCGUACAUCUGCCUCUUCCAGCUGAGCCAGCCCUUCAUCGCCUGUAUGCCCUUCGCGCUGGACCCUUUGCCUUUGUGGAUGUGGGUCUGCGGGGUGCUGUUGGCCACGCUUGGCCACGCACUGGUGAUGCUGGCCGAUUUCCAGCUGGCAAGGUUCAAGACCCGGAAGCAGGAGGCCCUUGCCUCUGGUUCCGGGUCCCCGCUGGUGCUGGACAAAGGGCUUUGGGCGCUGUGCCGGCACCCCAACUACUUCUUCCACGUGGUGGGCAUCUUUGGGAUCGGGCUUUGUACAGGCUGGGUGCCCUUCGCGAUGGCGUGGCUCCUCUUCGAGGUCCACUUCGUGUACACGAAGAGCGGCCCAGGGCACGAGGCCUACAUGGCUGGCAAGUAUGGGGAGGAGUGGGCCGCCUACGAGCGCACCACCAGCUUCUUCAUCCCGCUGCGGGUGCUGGAGGGCGGCGUUUCGCGCCUUUGGAGCUGGUUCCCCUCGUUCCCCUAA